AUGCCGCAGCGCGGAGAGGCCGCGCGCGUGGAGCCCCCCUCCGAGGACGAUAUUCUACAUGCGUUUCGGGUCGCCCCAAAGCUGAACUUUGAGACUGCGGUGGACAAGCUGCCCAACGUGGUCUCCAAGGCGGCGGCCCUGUUGACCGACCUGAUCUUCCAGAAAGAAGAUGCGGAGGUCAAGGAGCAGGCCAGGCGAGAUAACCAAGAAGAAGAUCCUACUGCCCAGGUCAAGUACACGCACCCCCCCCGUCGCCAACUCCUGGCGGGUGGUGGAUCUGCCGCGGCAACCGGGAUGCAGAUGAGCUGCUCUCAGAACCGCUCGGCAGCGCUGUCUGCCGAGCCCGAGGUGGACCAGAUACUCUCGUGGUUCUCGGCAGACGGCGGCAUCGACGGAGGCGUAGUUGCUAAACUGUGGGAUGGGCUGACAUGGCACAGGCCAGUGAUGGAGAAGCGGCGGGCUUUCGAGGUGAAGGACCCGUGGUGGGGGCUCAUUGCUGGCGGCCACGUCCCAGAGCUCCACAAGGCAAUCGUCAACGACCACUUCGGCUUUCGGCAGCGCGUCACCGUCUGCUACGGCGAACCAUCAUGGACCCCGAACACUCUCCGGUCGAUACGUUCUGCGUGCUACGCCUUGCCAGUAUCGACGAGCAAGCCGGAAGAUUUUGUCGCGUAUUUGCUGUGGCCGCUCUUCCGCCACAGCGUUGACGUCGGACCCGCCGCGCGUACCGCAUCGACCGAGGAGGACGACGGACCGUUCUGCAUCGUGGAGAAGAACUUCAACGCCCACUGCGCCAUGCAGCAAGACUCUUUCCUGAAGCCAGGGCUCCACGACGAGGCGAAGCACCGUGGCAAGAUGCGGUGCAAGUUCGACCGGAUGACGUUGGCGUUGCACGUGGAUGGCGCGCCGGCACUGCGGCGCCCCGUGCGCAUGGCGCCGACGGUGAAAGGUGAGGGAAAGAUGCUAGACGAGUUGCUCCCUUUAGCCGACCUGCUGGGGCAUAGGGACCAAGAACAACGGUCUAGCAGCUCCGGCCACGCGGUGGCUGUGACAGAGACAUGA